AUGUCAAGUUAUCCUCAACAACAUCUGAACUUAUCAAGACAAGAAGAAUUCAAAGACGAAACUGAGAAAUGUGCAAUUUGUUUGAGUGAAACGAAAGACAGAACCAUCAUCGCACCCUGCUAUCAUUCACAAUACUGCUUCCGGUGCAUCUUAGUCUGGUCACAGAAGUCCAGGAAAUGUCCGCUUUGUCUGGGUCCCAUCGAUCACUUCCUACAUCAUCUCAGCCCCAAUGCAGACUACGAACGAUAUUAUCCACUUCCGCUUCUCCAACCCGAGAAACCUCAACCUUCUACAUCCACUCAUCACCUCCAUCAGCCGUCUCUGCCUAGUAGGUCUGUAUCCGAUUCGAAGAUACGGGAGAUACAGGAAACGAAGCAUGCUCUCAUAUCUCUAGACCGUAGAAAAUUCAUCUAUCGACAUGGUCUCUAUGCCAAACACAUCGGCGCCAACGAGUUUACAUGUUUCAGGCCAAUUUGUCCCUCGUCAUUCACUCGUCAUUUUGCUGAACAUAAGACGCGUGUAACAACAUUUUUACGUCGUGAGCUUGCUGUGUUCGAGCAUCUCGAGGGACAAAUUGAGGCAAGAAUCAGAUAUAUCUUGCAAAUCUUAUUGUCACUGGACUGCAAAAGUGAUAGUGCAAUUCGCUUGUUCACGCACUACAUAGCUCCAAAUAAGAAAGCCAUUCAGUUGAUCCAUCAGUUGCAAUCCAUACAUCAUGACCUGCUUCAGUCGGCUCGAAACGCGUCAGAUGAAAGGCUCAUCCCACCUCCUGCAAACCGGAGUGACCAAACUCUUGCCAUCCAUACGUCUCGCCUGCAUAUCCGCUUCAUCAUCAUCGCCCACAGGACGACGCUUUCUAUAUCCACAAGACAUCAUCUAACGAGCUUAUCGCUUUCUCAAAAGGCCACAAAGAUCAAACUACCUUACAUAGAGCCCCGCACCUCACUAAUCAGGAGCAAACCGAAAUGUUCAAUAGAAAUAUAUCUAUCUGCUCAGCUAACCUUGCAAGCGAGACGCACCCACAACAUUCACUGCAUAAAUUAUUGGUAUUUACUUGCUUCAAUCAUCUUUGAUACUAGCGCACAUAGCUUUUCAUUCAGUUCUACUAAUUCUAUGAGCUAUUUGUUGUAA